AUACAGUAAAAAGACUUUAACUAAUUCGAAAAAUUAUCAGUAUUAAUAAAUUAUUGUCCAUUAAUAAAUUAAAAACAAAAAUUUUCGUGUAUGGAUUAAGGGUACCACAAAUAAUACUGUAUAGAUGAUGUUAACAAUAAAGUUGACUUAAUUUUAAGGACAUACAAUUUUUAAGUACUAAAUAUAAAGCUUAAAAAGUGUUUAUGACAAAUUUGAAUAUUUGCUUUAUGGUGAGGAGUGAAUAAUUUGUUAUAAAUGUUAAACAUUUCUAAAAUUAAAGAUCUUGAAAAAAGUGCUUAAGAAAACCUUUGUGUUAUUGUACAUUCGUAUCUGUCACAUCAUUUCUUAUUCUUAAAGAUAACAUUGGUCAAAAUGAGCUCAGGAUUUAUAUCAGAAGCUGAAAUUGCAGAACAACGAAGGAUACGACAACAAGAAUGGGAACGUGUUCGAUCGGCAGAUCAACCAUUAGAAGCUCCAGAAGAAUCGUACGAUCCAAGAUCUUUGUACGAACGACUGCAAGAACAAAAAACUAAAAGAGAUGCAGAAUAUGAAGAAGCACAUAAAUUAAAAAAUAUGAUAAAAGGUUUAGACGAUGACGAGGUAGAAUUCUUGGAUUUAGUAGAUAGAACUAAAUUAGAAGAAGAACGUAAAAAGAAUCUUGAAGAAGAAAAAGAAAUGCGUGAUUUUAAAGCAGCUGUUGCAUCAUUGCAAGAAAAAUCAUUGAAUGAAAAAUUAAAGCAAGAAUUAAAAAAUCCCCAAAUUAUAAAUAAAAAUGUUUCUUCUGGAAGUGGUCGUACAUCGCAGUUAAAAUUAUUGGCUGGUGUUGUAGUCAAGCGUUCUGAAAAGCAAAAACAGGGCGAUGUUAUACAGGGUGUUAAGAGAAAGUUAUCAACUGAUGAUAGUAAAGAUGUACUAGAAAACGAAGACUGUCAAGUAAAUGAGCAGAAAGUAACAGAAAAUGUUGAAUCUGAAGUUAAGUUACUUAAUAAUGUCUCUUUAGAAAAUAAGACCAUAAUGAAUGAAAUUGGAGGAAUGAAAUGUAUUGGAAUACUCCCUGGACUCGGUUCUUAUGAAGAUUCUAGUGAUAGUGAUUGUAGUUCAGAUACAGAUCAAGAUUCAGAACCAAAUCAUCCCAAAUAUGAUUUUUUAGGACGCGAAGUAAAAAUUGUACAAGAAGAAAUUAUAAAAGAAAAAAGCUGAAUACGUAAUAGUUGUAAACGCUUUUUUAUUACAUUGUAAAUUACCUUUUUGUUUUACAAUUCACUAUAAUUGUAAAAUAUAAAUAUA